CUUUUCUUGCCUUUUAAAAGCUGGCUCCCCCAACACGAGCUAGCACUUUUAGAGAGAGAGAAAAGAAGAAGAUUGAGAGGAGGGAAAGAAGUAUGAGGAGCUUCACAUCUGAAUCAAGGCACAUAGAUCAUGGAAUCUCUGCCCAAGAGGGUCCAAACCAAGACCAUGAAACUCUUGGAUUGUCAGAGGAAACCAUGACCAACCCACCACACGGGUUGUUCAAGAAUGAUGACCCAUGGCUCAAAAACAAGACCAAGAAGAAGAGAAACCCAGUUUAUCUUGAAGGGUAUGUGGAGACAGCUGAUGAAGAUGAGCUGGGGAGGACAAAGAGCUUAACGGAUGAGGAUUUGGAGGAGCUUAAGGGGUGUUUGGACCUGGGUUUUGGGUUCAGCUAUGAUGAAAUUCCUGAGCUUUGCAAUACUUUGCCUGCUCUUGAGCUUUGUUAUUCUAUGAGCCAGAAGUUUCUUGAUGAGCAUCAGAAGUCUCCAGAGUCUUUGUCCGAUGCAGCGUCAUCAACCUCCAGUCCAAUUGCCAACUGGAAGAUCUCUAGUCCUGGUGACCAUCCAGAAGACGUGAAAGCGAGACUCAAAUUUUGGGCGCAGGCUGUGGCAUGUACAGUUAAAUUAUGCAGCUAGAAGAGAUCAAGAGUUCUAAGUUCCCUGGUUGAAGUGGAUGACAAACAUGAUCUUCAGCAUGGGAAUUUCAUAGGUUGGACCUUCAUGGCGUGCGUAUUCUUGGGGUGAUCCUUUCAACGGAUAAUGCCCACCGGGAUGGACAUCCUUCAUUCUUUACCUGGAGAUGGAUAUGUCAGAAUCUGUCAAUGAUGGGUCAGCUUCGGAGAAGUUGAAGAUCAAGAACAUGAAAUGGAAGAAGUAUGUUUGAGGUCUGAGAUUAACUGAAUACCCGAAUUGAGUCUGACAUAACUCAUCUGAGGCUUAGAUAAACUGUAUAAUUAAUGUAUCUAGCAAUUAACAAUAAAUGAGUUCAAUAAUAAAAUUUCUUUCUUCUUCUUGUUCAUGUCAUUACUGAUUGCUGUCCAAUAUUACUGU